CGCUCACCUCCCAAGACUCUAGUUUUCCUCUUCUCUCCUUCCCCAACUCAACUCAGACUCAGAGAGAGAGAGAGAGCCAGAGAGAUCAGGCAGUGGCCAUGGAGGAGGAGAUGGCCAUGGCGGAGGAGGUGGCCAAACCCCAGCUGGAGCUGGGCAAGGAGGGACUAGCGUGCAUCCUCAUGCAUGUCAUGUUCGCCGCGACGUACCUCAUGCCGCAGCGCGACCGCCUCCUGCAACUCCGGCGCCGGCUGCAGCAGCACACCGGCGACCCGGCCGUGUUCCAGGAGCUCGCCUCCAGCCUCCGCAAGGUCUACGUCGACGGCCUCCACGCCGGCUCCCGCUACCUGACGGCCGGCCUCCAGAUCACGGCGGAGCACGGCGCCCGCGACUCCUUCAGCGUCGCCGCCUUCUCCGUCAUCCCCAACGAGCAGCUCUACGGCGUGCUGCUCAAGCAGUGGCUCCCGCCGCGCCCGGCCACCCAGGCCGACGCCUUCGCCCGCAUCGAGUCCGCCUUCUACGCCGUCAAGCUCGCCGAGGAGCACCACGUCCCGCGCUGCGUCGAGCUCCUCGUCGGCGUCCGCCCGCCCCCCGUCAUAGCUCGGCCGUUCCGCAGCGUCGUCGGCUACUCGGACGACACGGUCCAAGGCGUCAACGAGCACCUCGCCAAGAACGGCUUCCCCGAACCCGAACCGGCGCCAGCCGCCUCCGCCACUCAGACUCAGGCGAACAGUAGCGUGGACCCGGACCAGGCGCUCAGCUACCUCCACCGCGCGUGCUCCCUCGCCAGCCUCGCCGUCAAGCACGUCGACGUCGCCAUCGCCGCCAUCUCCAGCUGGCUCGACCCCGAGGAUGUCGCCGACACCUCCCAAUGGGUCGCCGACAUCUCUGAGGUCAGAUCGCUGCAGGACGGUCCCUGCCCAUCGGAUGAUUCCGAUUAACCAGCUCGUCUGAUCUCGAGGCUGUCACGCGAUCGAAGGGGAUGUGAUCCCGUUGCAUUGUUUAGCGAAGUUCAGCUCGCAUCAGUCGUUUAGUUUGUCAGAUUAAUGUGCUACUAGUUCAUCCAAGUUUCAGCCUUUUAUUGUUUCAGUUCAGUCAGUCAGACUAAUGUGCUACUAUCCAAGCUUAAUUUCUGGACGGCCGAUGCUAUAUUAGCUUCCUUAGUUGUGAAAUUUAGUGCUGGAAUACUGCAAUGUCAUAUCUGCAUCUUAUCUGUGAACUACCAAGUCGAAUUGAAGCAAAAUUGGGA